AUGGUCGAUGCUAUUGUCUCCUCCGUAGCGCAAAGGCUUGGUAACCUUCUCACCGAACAAGUUAAUUUUUUGCGAGGAGUGAGAGAUGAAGUCAACUCUCUGAAAAACAAACUGGAAUACAUGUUGUGUUUCUUGAAAGAUGCAGAAGAAAAACAAGAUCAAGACAGUAGGAUACGCAAAUGGGUAUCCGAUAUUAGAGAUGCUGCUUACGAAGCCGAGGAUAUUAUUGACAAGUUUAUUCUCAAAGUUGAAGGAGGGAUUCCCGAAAGGACAGGGUUCAAAGCUUGCCUCAGAAAGUACUUUUGCAUCUACAAACAAGCAAACAAGUAUGGGAUAGGUAAGGAGAUUCAAGAAUGGAAGAAUAGACUCGAUGAAAUCGAUCGAAAUCAUGAAAUUUUCAAGAUUAGAAAUAUCGAAGCUGCUGGGGAGGGAUCAAGUGGCAUGAAUGAGAGAUUCAAGCAACUACGAAGGACAACACCUUAUGAAGACGACCAACAUGUUGUGGGCUUCACCAAGGAUGUUGAGUUACUGAUGUCUGAACUUCUCGAAGAAACACCCGAUCAACGUGUGAUUUCGAUUGUGGGCAUGGGCGGUUUGGGUAAGACGACCAUGGCUCGAAAACUUUACAACUCUAGCAGUGUUGGAGAUAAAUUUGAAUGUAAAGGUUGGGUUUAUGUAUCCAAGGAUUACAACAUCCAGAAUCUUCUUCGAAGAACAAUAAAAUCUUUCAAGAUGCCAAUCACCAAAGAUGAAUUGGAGAUGUUGGAAAAGAUGGAAACAGAAGAUUUGGAGUGCCAUUUACAUGAGUUCUUGAAAGAAAGUCGGUACCUGGUGGUGAUUGACGAUGUAUGGGAUACAGAUGCUUGGGCAAGCUUGAGAAGAGCCCUCCCAGACAACAAGAAAGGAAGUAGAGUAAUUAUCACCACUCGUAUCAAACUUGUUGCCGAGAGUUCUGGUAGGAGAAAAUAUGUUCAUGAGCUUCCAUUUCUACAACCAGAAGAAAGUUAG